UGGCGGAUUGGUCGGCGGCCGAGUGACGCAACGCACAAGGUGGGGGGGGUGGGUGUCGCGCUGCCGCUGCCGGCCGUAAAGCGCGGAAGGUCAGUCAGGCCUCCUCCUGCUCCAGGAGUGGUACUGAGUUAACGUCUGAACACGUCUAGGUGGUGCUUUCAGAAAACUGACAAGCAGCUGCCAGGAUGUUCCUGCGAUUACUGUCAGAUGUACGGUGGCAGGCGACUCACCCAAAAUGGAGAAGAAUGACCUGCUCACGGCGCAGUACCUCAAGUACAGCAGAACCUGCUCCGGUUCCCUUGCCAGCAGAGGCGCAGGUUGUCAUCUGCGGUGGUGGAAUCAUGGGCACCUCUGUGGCUUAUCACCUUUCCAAGAUGGGUUGGAAGGAUGUAGUCUUACUUGAGCAGGGCAGAUUGGCCGCUGGUACCACUCGCUUCUCUGCCGGCAUCGUGAGCACAGCCAGGCACCUGUCUGUAGAGCUGAAGAUGGCAGACUAUUCAAACAAGCUCUACCAGCAGCUGGAACAAGAGACGGGAGUAAGCACAGGGUACGUGAAGACAGGCUCUAUUUCCCUGGCGCAGACUCAGGAUCGACUAAUCUCUCUGAAACGCAUCGCUUCGUCACUGAAUGUAAUGGGGAUACCUUGUGAAAUUAUCACCCCAAAGCAAGUGGCACAGCUCCACCCACUGAUCAACAUCCAUGACCUUGUGGGGGCCAUGUAUGUGCCAGAAGAUGCACUCGUGUCAUCUGCCAAUGUGAGUCUGGCUCUGGCAACCGCUGCCUCACGGAAUGGUGUCCAGAUUCAUGAACGGACAAGUGUCAGUCAUGUCUCAAUCCAGAAGGGUCGUGUGACUGGAGUCGAGACUGACAGAGGACAGAUUAAAUGUCAGUACUUCGUCAACUGCGCUGGCCAGUGGGCCUAUGAGUUGGGCCACUCUGGGAAGGAACCAGUCCAUAUCCCACUCCAUGCCUGUGAACACUUCUACCUCCUGACACAUCCUUUGAAGGAACCUCUGGCAAGCAACUUACCAACUAUUGUAGACCCAGAUGGCAGAAUCUACAUCCGCAACUGGCAAGGUGGCAUCCUCUCCGGGGGCUUUGAGAAAAACCCCAAACCUCUCUUCACAGAGGGACGGAACCAACUGGAGAUUCAGAACCUUCAAGAAGACUGGGAUCAUUUUGAGCCACUUCUCAGUGCCCUUCUGCGCAGGAUGCCGGAUUUGGAGGCUCUGCAGAUCAUGCAGUUAGUGAAUUGCCCGGAGUCCUUCACACCAGAUAUGCGAUGCAUCAUGGGAGAGUCGCCCACCGUGCGGGGCUACUUCGUUCUGGCUGGCAUGAACUCGGCUGGUAUCUCAUAUGGUGGGGGAGCAGGCAAGUACCUGGCAGAGUGGAUGGUAAAUGGGUAUCCAUCAGAAAAUGUCUGGCCUCUGGAUUUGAAACGUUUUGGUACCCUUCAGAGCAGUCGCACUUUCCUCCGGCACCGUGUGAUGGAAGUAAUGCCCCUCAUGUGUGAUCUGAAGGUUCCCCGUUGGGACUUCCAGACUGGCCGGCAGCUGCGUACUUCACCACUGUACGACCGCCUGGAUGCACAGGGAGCUCGGUGGAUGGAGAAGCACGGAUUUGAGAGAGUCAAGUAUUUUGUCCCACCUGGGACAGAUCUGCUGGAUUUGGAACAGAGCAAAACCUUUUACAAACCAGACUGGUUUGAUAUUGUGGGUUCUGAAGUCAAGUGCUGUAAGGAAGCGGUUUGUGUCAUUGACAUGUCAUCUUUUACCAAGUUUGAAAUAAGUUCCACAGGAGACGAGGCCCUGGAGAAUCUGCAGUAUCUCUUCUCAAAUGACCUGGAUGUGCCAGUUGGGCAUGUUGUGCAUACAGGCAUGCUUAAUGAGAAAGGAGGUUAUGAGAAUGACUGCAGCAUAGCACGGCUGAGCAAACGCAGUUUCUUCAUGAUUUCCCCUACUGACCAACAAGUCCAUUGCUGGACCUGGCUGAAGAACCGCUUGCCCGAUGACAGCAACCUGACCCUGGAAGACGUGACCUGGAAGUACACGGCUCUCAAUCUGAUUGGCCCCCGUGCUGUGGAUGUCUUGUCAGAGUUGUCAUAUGCCCCGAUGACUCCAGAACACUUUCCCUCUCUGUUUUGCAAGGAGAUGAGCGUGGGCUAUGCUAAUGGCAUCCGUGUGAUGAGUAUCACUCACACAGGAGAACCUGGAUUCGUGCUUUAUAUCCCCAUAGAGUACGCCCUUCACGUCUACAACGAGGUGAUGAACAUGGGGCAGAAGUACGGGAUUCGGAACGCCGGUUAUUAUGCACUCCGCAGCCUGCGCAUUGAGAAGUUCUUUGCGUUCUGGGGCCAGGAUCUGGAUGCUUUUACCACUCCUAUGGAGUGUGGACGUGAGUUCCAGGUCAAGUUGGAAAAGGGAACGGAGUUUAUUGGCCAGGAAGCGCUGUUGGAACAGAAGCAGAAUGGUGUGUACAAGCGCUUUACCAUGUUCAUUCUUGAGGACCACGACACAGAUACGGACCUCUGGCCCUGGUGGGGAGAGCCCAUUUUCCGCAACGGCCGCUACGUGGGCAAGACCACCAGCAGCGCCUACAGCUACACCCUGGAGCGGCAUGUCUGCCUCGGCUUUGUACACCACUUUGACGAGAAGACGGGAGAAGAGCUGGUGGUGACAGCUGACUUCAUCAACAACGGCGACUACGCAAUCGACAUCGCUGGGCAGCGCUUCCAGGCCAAAGCCAAGCUCUACCCCUUCAGCUCCCUCUUCACGCAGCGUCGCCGCAAGGAUGAGGAGGAACUGAGUGGCUACCAGAGGGAGUAGUGCUGACUAGACCUGACUCCUUUUCCCAAACUGGAGUCUUCUGCCACCAUCUUCCAGUCUUCUCACCCCAUAUAUUUCUUUCUUUUCCUUUCUUGUUGUGCAACUUUUAAACUUUUUCCAGUGUGUUACAUUUUGUAUAUUUUAAAACUUUCAUUUUUGAGCUUCCUCGAUCCUGUCUGUCUCCCUCCUUCACCCCUUUGCUUGCCAGGAGCCCCAGUGGAUGAAGCGCAGUGCUCAGCAUGCAUCCAGAAGUCCACGGUGAUGGGAAGGGUUCAGGUGAAGCCCUGAGGACUACACCCUUCCUGUCUCCUCUCCAGCAUAAGGACAGCAGGUAUUUGCUGCCUGUAGUUCAGACGAAAGCUGUGACUUCACCCUGCUCUCGCAUAUCUUCUUGUAGAGGGGUCAGUACGUCAAUGCACACAGCAAUAGAACGAUCAGCUACCUCACUGGUGCGAGACAGAGCGGUGUGUGAGCAGCAGCCAAGAGGCAGGUUUUGGUAUAGUUCAGCCUGUCACUGCCUCCCUUUGUACAUUAUUUCUUUACCAUAACGAACAGGGAGUCAAGUAGAUUUAAUCAUCAGAUCACUGAGGUGACAGUAGCACUGGUAAGUUUGUUGUUGUUGCGAUUGGAUCUUUGUGUGGGGUCACUGAAAUUAGAUGACCUCUAAAUGUAAGUGAAGAUCAACACCUGUGUUUCACUUCUAUAAAGGAAUGGGAUUUGUUUGGGUUUUUUAUUAGCAAAAAUACUGAAUUCGAACAAAGACAAAUGUUAGUGUUUAAGCAGUGUUGAAAAGCUGCUUCUGUUUAAGCUGCACAGUAUACAGUCUCUGGGGAUUUUCUUUCACUUUAUGUGACUUGGUCAAGCUCCUCUGGCAAGGUUCGUGCAGUGAACACAAGUUUCAUGUAAAACUUGGGUUGGUUUGGGGAACUUGAACAGCAGGAGGGGACAACUUAUUGUGUUUUCAGCUGCCUGUGGUUGUUUUGAAAGUCAAAGACCCAGCAUUUUGCUCACCUGUGGUGCUGGCAGUAUUGCAGGAAACAUUGGGUUUUCUUCUGAUGGUGAGAGCAGCUCAGCAGCUCCUGCCAGUCUUGAGAAGUCAUCUUCUGUUCUUCUCAAAUCUGUUGCCCUUCUUGCUUCUCUGUCUUGGUAGUUCCUCAGCUGGAGGGAUUGAGUAGAGAGAGAACAGGGAGUGUGACGGUGGGACUAUAAAUUUCUUUCCUUCAGCAAAGCUCUUUGCUGUCACGUUCCUCACACAGAUGCUGCAGACAGUGCAGCUGGGAUUCACCCCUUCUUCAAGUGUCCAAGUGAGGUGAUUCAAACAUUGAUGGUUAAUGGUAAAUAAGUGGGGGGAUGCUGAAUUCUAUUGCACACAUUUCUAUCUUCUUCUUCCCAUUGUGAGCACAGUCAACAGCAAAGAUUCUCUUUAUUUACUUGAAAAAGGUCUGUUAAACAUUUCCUUUGCCUCUGCCACUCACAUACUCAUCAUGGUGUUUCUACUCCAUCAUCUUUCUGUCUGGAGUUCAAACACAACCCUGCACCAAUGUUUGCCGUGACAGCCAUGAUGAACAUUUUCUCUAUGAUCUAGAGUCUGUUUUGGGCGCUUUCUUUUCUGGGUAAAUUGUGAGCGUCAGUAGUGUAAAUGGGAGCUCAAAACCUUGCCUUAUUCUUGUUUGAAGUUUGUUUUCUACUGCUUUAGUUGCUUCAGGUCAUGCCUUCCGUUGAGUCUGUGGUCUGCGGGUUCAUGAGUCAGAUGUUCUCAGGAUGCAGAAGGAGUUGGCAGCAAAGGUGGAAAUCCAAAACGUUCACACCUUAAAGCAGGUUGUCAGAGCAAGCUCCCCCAUCCAGGGUGAUAUGGCAGCUGUGAAGCCAAGGAGUGAGAGUAGAGAAAGGGUUAAGAGAAUUAAGAAUUGGAGCAUGUGGUGUAGUAGGUUGAAUGUAGAUGUCACUUCUUCAAGCUCUCCUUUGUGAAUGGUGAAUUCCUUUGUAGAGUGUGACCUCUUUGAGGGUUUCAACUUUCAAAUUGACAUGCAAAAGUUCCCAUCUCUGAAAUGCAGGGGCCAGAGUAGGACAGCUUUUUCUUGUUGGGAAUCUUGCAGCUGAGAGUUUUCUGUGUGGCUGCUGGAGGCGGAGAUCCCACUUGGUUGCGAUUUCUUCCAAACUCCCCUAUUAAUUGCUGUUUGAAUAAAAAUUUUGCCUGGUGUAUCAGGAUUCAUUGCUUAAAUGAAAGAUUCAUAAGGCAUCUUAUAGCAGUGUGAAAUCCAGUUGCUUCUUACUUGUCUUUGCCGCGUAGAGGGAUACUAUGAUCCCACAAGGAGGACCUCUGCUCUACCAGCCUGUCACCUGGGAAUAGUGCACCAGGUCACUCCGGAAUACUUGUCUGUCCUCUUGUCCCUCCAUUGGUUUUAUGGGAUGUUACUGUGCCUUCCUUAUCCAGGGAAACAGGCACUGAACCAAAGAGUUCUAUACAUGAUAUGUAGGAUGUCUGUUAGAGCAGCCCUUCUGAUUAGCGUUUAUUGGUGAUUUGUUGUUGCUGGUGAGGCACAAUGCUUCUUCAGGAGAAAAUGAGGUAUACAACUGAGGCGAGCUAGAGUACUUCAUGCAGCUCCUGAAGAGAGAAGUCGGCUAGAACCCUUCCGUUUGUUCUCUGCAGUUAGAACUUGUUGAGACCAAACAGGAAAGUUAGGAGCAUUCUGUCUUCUACCAACUGCACAUUCCUGAAGUAUCAUUUGAGUUGCAGCCAGAUUAUAUUCCUCCUUGGGAUUAUUUUUUCUUUGCCCUGAUUUAUAGGUGCCUUUUAGUUCCUCAGACAACUUUUGGUAGGGGUGUCUCUUCCCACAGCAGUUCUGACAAUAAAAUUGUGUUUUAUGAGCUACUUUUGUCAUUAUGUCUGCUUGGGUUUAUUUUAUGUCUAUAUCUACUGACUUUUCAGUACCAAAAAUAGAGAGUGAAAAUAGUUUUCCAUCAUACCGAUAGAUAGAGCAACACUUUGUGUGAUGUUAUGUUUGCUGUUUGAGACUUGGAGAUAGGUGGUUUGAUAAUUGCCAGUCUUGCAGCUCAUUAACACCCACUCUGGCUCUCCCUGCUGUGAAUUCUGAUUCUAGUUUUAUAUCUGAACCUGUAGUCUUCAGCUGUCAUUCAAGCUUAGUUGAUUUAAUGUCUGGCAGCUAUUUUUAGCCUUAUAAUGUUAAAGAAUAGUUUGCCUUCACCAACUUAAAUACUCGUCAAGGGGACAGUUGGAUAGCAUGUUUUAAAAUAGUGCUAGAUCCAGAGGAAGGUCCUUCUAGCAUAGUAUUUUCUUCCAGAGGUAUUAAACGGUGAUGUAAGACUCUAAUGCCUUUAUCUGAUAAGUAAAAGUAGAGCACCUCAGAAAAGAACAAAAGCAGUUCGAGAGUUACCACCUUUAGUACGACUGGAAAGUAGAAAAUUAGAAAUCAGAUCUUGGAAGCUGCUCUGACACAGCCUUAGCAUCUAAGAUGGUCAAUAAUGUGGACUAUAAAAUUGUACAUCAUGAUUCUCAUCCUUAAAGUUACCUUAAAAUGCAUUCUGCUGAGAAAGGCAGUUUGUUCUCACUCUGCGUGGUAAGAAGAUGAACUUUGGCUGGGAAAUACUAAAAUAGCAUCCCCCUCCUCUGCAGCAAAAGGGGCGAUGGCCUCGUUCUGUGCAGCAGCAGCAGCUCUGCCCUGUGCCAUUAUCAGUUCUCAGAGUUUUGCUGUCCAGAAUGGGAACAGCCCCAUAGAUUUCGUUCACACAGGCAGCCUUGCAAGAGAAACACUUGAAGGAAAGCUAACUGGGGAUCAGUUAAAGAAAAUAUUUUAGCUUUUUGGCUAAAAUGUUAUAGGUUGAGCAUAGCUCAAUUUAGGAUAAACUUAUUACCCAGCAGUGACAAAUGUUAAGGCAAGUGUGGCCUGUGGGCGGUGUGCACUUGGCACGUGUGGGAUUGUUUGUUCUUACCCCAGAAGUCAGCACCUGAGUGGGUUUGCUGGCAUGUGGCAGUGGUGAAACUCAAUGUGCAGUGUUCCUGUGUGCUGGGAAGGGCUCGCUUGCCCCAGUGCUGUCUGUAGUGCGGGGAGCUUGUGUAAGAGGUAGCACUUACUGGGCAGCCUCUUCCAUUACAUGGUUUUUCCAGAGGUAUUGCGUUGUCUUACACUUGUUGUGUCCUUGCCUGAGUUCUCAUGUUCUGUUAGGCCUUGAGUGAGUACGGAAAGGCUUGGGUAAAAAUGGUAUUAGGGAAUAAGGAGUUUAUUGUUCAUGUUUAAUGAUCUGAGGAUAAAAUUAAAGCAGUCUAUGUAGGAAUUAUGUUUUCUGUUUUAGGAGGGUGUGUUAUAGUGAUUUUCACAUGUAUCUUUGCCAGACUUAGUUUCUUCUUGUUUUCCCUCUCUUGUUUUCCCUGUGCUGACUCUGGUGUCCAGAUUUGAUGUGCCUUGUUGAACAGUUUCUUACUAUUACUUUGUGGGAAGGAAGGGAGGCUGUGAAACCUGCACUGCAUCUCUGAGUCUUGGUGCAGAGUUACUUUCCUCCUUUCUACUUUUGCAUUCGAGCUUCCACUGAUCCUGUUGCUGUUCCUGCAACACCUCCAGACUCCAGCCUGUGCUGCUGCAGGACCUCUCAUGGUUAAGGUUCUUCUCUUUGUUCCAUGAAGUGCUUCAUCAUCUGAGCCAGGUUGGCUCUAGAUCUGUCUCUUUGCCUUGAUUUAAGCUCUUCAGCUUCUAGAUGGUGCAGGUACCAACAUCUGAACUUCCAGGCAGGUUUGCAGCCACUGUGUGUUCAAUCCCCUAUCCCUGUGCCAGGGUUUUUCCACUCUCCUCAGCACUUCUCUCAUCUCCUUCCUCAGGCAGCUGAGCACAUCACUUCCUUUUGUCCAUCAGAGAGUGAAGCACAGCAAAAUAAAACCAGGCAAGGGGAUGGCAGAGUGGCUGAGCUGAGGUAGAAGAAGAGACCACUUAAGCCCAGCCUUGGAGAGAUUAUCAGCCGUGAUUCCCAGCUCAGGAAGCAUCUUCCUCUGCAGAAUUAGUGCUGGACAGACGCUGGGUGACUACAAUGGCUCUGGACAGAAUCGGGACAGCGUUAUCGAGGAAGCGAGAGUGGUGCUGCCACUUGUUUUCCAACGUACAUUUCCCUCUGUCAUUUUGGGAGAGGUGGGGAGUGUGAGCACCAGUUUGCUCAGAACAUUUGUCUCUCUCUGGCAUGUUCUUGCAAGUUGCAUCUAAGUGUAAAGGUACAGCAUUGACAUCGCUAACCUUGUCCUUCCAGCACACUUUAACCAAAAUGGUUACAUUUUGGGAUAAAUCUAUAAAAACAAGAUAGUUUCCGUGCUUGGGUAGGAGGGGGCAAGCUGCUUGCAAGGGCAGAACUUGUUUUAAUUUCAAACAGAACACUUGGCUGCUGAUUAUGUCCAGCAAAAACAUUCACAACCUCGAGAUUUGUCUUCCCAAAUUAUUUCAUUAUCAUACUUCAUCAGGCUAAUUUCCACCUACUUCAGGAUGCUUUUUUAUUUUAAACUCCCUUUUCUUUAACUGAUUGUUUGGGGUUUUAUUUUUAAAGAACACCUUUAGUCAGAGAACAGGACUUGGGGAAGGAGAGGUUAAUGUCAUCAGAUGACUUCAGCUGUCUCUAAAAGCAUUGGAAAAUUUUCUUUGCACUUUAAACUUUCCUUAAGCAUUAUGAUUGUAGUGUGCUCAUAGCCCUCGGCAAGAGUAGUCUGUGCAUUUGAUAGAGGGGAAAAAAACUUUAAAUAUUUGUAAAUGCCUUAAAGCAUUAAAGUGAGGUGUUUGGGCCCUGCUUGUGCUUGCCGCUUGAUUUUUCUUCCUGGAAAGCUGUGUGCUGAGCGUUCAGAGCAGACACAAACGUCAGCAGAUACUUUUGAGCAAGUCCUGGGGAGGGUGGAAGCUGCUGUUGCAGUUUGCUGCUGAUCUGAGGCUGGAAUUUGUAUUGAACUAAACUAAAUGAGCUGGGAGCCCCUGUGCCUGUACAGCUGCCUGUGUUGAUGCCUUCCCUAUUUUUUUUCCCCCCGGAAAUGGAUUUAUUCCCUGUAUCACUCAUGCUAUAACGGGUUUUCUUCUUUCUUUAAAGAAAGAAGCCUGGGCUGGUGUAGAAUUCUCUGCAAGUGUCCUGUUGCAUUACAGGAAACAAAAUUCUCUGCUUGAACGCCUUCCUGCUGUACCAGCUGCGUUUGCAGGCAGGAGUCGGGAGAAGCAGGAGCGGAGGGAUGUUCUGCUGCCCGGGAUGUUUGUUGAGAUGGCUCUGAGACUUCUCGUCUCCCAUUUGUCUCAAAGCUCUGCUGGGUUCCUGAUGUCAGGCGGACUGCUGGGAUCCAGCACAAAACAAAGCGUUGCUUUGCAGGGAUGACACGCCACGCUGACUUACUUUGUUCAGAGAUAUCACCUGUUUGGAAUGAGGUUGUGCCAUGAAGAGGAGUGCUAAAUUACAAUGAAAGAGGCACCAGAGGAAGGUGUUCACAUUAAUGUUUAUCGAUUUGUCAAUGCUGGUAACAGCUGAUCUUCCCACACAGAUGCUUGACACCUGCUACAAGCAGAGCAGAUACUUGGGAGCCGUCAGCCAUCCCAAGUGGGGCGUGAUCCGUUCUGUGCCUAUGGAGAAAAGUCACUGUCACCUUUCACCGUGGCACUGCUGAGAUUUCGUCCACUCUACAAAGAAUUUAUCCUGCUUUUCCCAUAGUGGAACAGGUUUCACUUACACCUUUCUUCCGGUGUAACUGGAGGCACAAGAAUGUCCCUGAAGUCCUCGAUGGGUUCUCCUGUGCCUCAUGGUCAGGCUUGCACCAGGGCACAUCUGUGCUUCUGGAGAAGCGACCCAGGCCACGCGUGGGGUAAGCAGCACAUGUGGGUGCGAGGGCGGGUGUUUCCAGCUCUCCCACCACGUGAUGUUUCCUGCAUCUUCAGGAAGAGUUUGGGAAAACCCUCCUUGGCCCAGAUCAGCUCCUUGCUGCUGCUCCUAAGCCGACUUGCUUGCUUUCCGUCGCUUUCUGCUCUGGCCCUGCAGCUCCCGCCACAGCGCGUUUGACAGGAGACCUGAGCUCUGUGGGAGAAUCUGUCCCGAUUCUUGGACAGGUGCUUGGUGCAGGUCUCCUGAGCACAGACUGCCAUCUUCUGAACUUCUGAACCAGUAUGUCCCAUCCCCACCAUCGCUUCUGGUUAUCAAGUGCACCAGUUUCCUUGUCCAAUGCCCCUUCAUGCUUUUAAUCAGUCUCCCAAUAACAGAUUUUUAAAGGGCUAGGAGGACUUCUGAAGCGGGCUACUGCUGAAAUUUCAAGAACAACUGAAGUUUGAACCUGUGAAAGCAUUUUUCUAGUGCCUUACACUUGAGAAUGUUGCACGAUGGAUGUAGCUGAGGUGGAACAGAGCAAGGAGCAACUUCAGUAGCUUGGUUCCCCAGCCUCUAGAGCCAUCUCCAUCUCCCCUCGCGGAGACACCAAUAGACACCAACAGAUCAUCUCUGGCAACGCAGGGAUGACACUUUUUAAAUCCCUUUGAGCUCUGGGCUUGUAGAAAUGUUGAACUGUAAAACCUUGCAGCGGGUUGCCUGCCUCUGAGAGGAGCGGUGGUCUCACCUCUGCCAGUUUUGGAUUCCAAGGGGUUUAGGAGAGACAAAGCUGCUCUGACCAUGGUGGAGGACAUGGACACUUGUUCCCAAGCGCACAAGUCGGGGUGAGUUUGCUGCUCUCCACUGAGGCCGUGUUGUUAUGUACGCUGUAUUUAUAUCAGGCUUUAUUUCAUUUCAUAUUUGGGUUGGCUUAAAUGUUACUAGGUUUGUAUAUUAAUAAAGAGGUGUUUUAACUAC